AUGAAAAUUGCAUUAUUAUUUUUAACGGCCAAAACGGAAGAGGAUUUAGCCAAUGAGAGAGCUUGGUUGGAUACGGAAAAAUUAUGGUUGGUACACAGGGGUGGUUUUACUCCCGUGAAAAUUUUAUCAAAUUCAUCCAAUCAAUCGACGGAUACUGGAAAAGUCAAAAUAAAAAUCGAUAAUACAAACGAAAUACUCGAAGUCGAUGAAGAUGAUUUGGAAAAAGCGAAUCCGAGUCAACUGGAUAAAAUAGAAGAUGUGUGUCAUUUGCGUUACAUAAACGAAAGCAGCGUACUGUACAUUCUUAGGCAGAGAUUUGGAAAUAAUUUGAUACACACGUACGCCGCUGGAAAUUUACUCGUCAUCAAUCCACAGUGCACUCUAUCCAUUUACAAUGAAAAGGUGGCUGCACUUUUUCGAGGAUGCAAAUCCGAAGACAUGCCUCCUCACAUUUAUGCGAUGGCACAAAGUUCGUAUCGUUCAAUGCUUUCAUCGAGAAAAGAUCAAAGCAUUGUAUUGUUGGGAAGGAGCGGAUCUGGGAAAACUCACAAUUUUCGUCAUAUUUUAAAUUAUCUUUUACAUUCUGCCGGCUCAGUAAACAAAGUAUUGAAUGUGGAAAAAUUAAACGCUUUGCAUACGAUAUUGGAAGCUUUUGGAAAUGCCAGAACUUGUUUAAGCAUCAAUGCUACGAGAUGUACAAAUUUAAUAACUCUCGAUUUCGAUCAAACGGGACAAAUCGCAUCCGUUUGCGUACAGAUGCUCAUGUUGGAAAAGCAAAGGGUUGCUAAAAGACCCAACGGAGAAGGGAUUUUCAACGUUUUCUAUUGGCUGUUGGCCGGCGCGGAAAGUUCGCUGGCGAAAAAAUUACUUUUGGAUACGAACGCAUCGCAAAAUUCAAAUUUGUUCAUGACUUCCAUAUACAAGAACGAAGAUCGUCAAAGAGCCGUCAUGGAAUUGAACAAACUCACAUUGGCAAUGAAUACUCUUGGAAUCAACGAAAAAGAAUGUUUUGUUAUUUGGUCCGUUUUAGCGGCCAUUUAUCAUUUGGGCAAUGCCGGAGCAGUCAGAGUGGGAACAAACAAAUGGCAAUUCGCGGAUCCCACGCAUUCUUCUCGUGCUUGCCGCCUUUUGGGUACCACGUCCGAAGAACUUUGUCAAGUCUUAUGGAACAAUCCUUUGUCACCCGCCAGAGCACCUUCUUCACCAUCCGAUAAAGAUAAAUUAAUUGCCGGAGUGGAUGCAUUGGAAGGCUUCGUCAUCGGUCUAUAUUCCGAAAUCGUUAGCGUCGUGAACACUUUGAUCAAUCGGUCUCUGACAACGAAUAUUCAUAGCACGAUGUCAUUGAUCGUCGUCGAUUCUCCCGGAUUUCAAAAUCCGGGAAGUUGCGGUCAACAAUCCGGUGCGACUUUCAGCGAUCUGUGUCACAAUUACGUUCAAGAACGUCUUCAUCUUUUGUAUCACAAUUUCAAUAUAAUUGCUCCCCGCGAUAGAUACGUUCAGGAACACAUAGACGUAAACACGGAUGAAAUUUAUUCAGAGGUUAAUUCUCCCAGCCAAUUGAUUUCAAUGUUGGAUAAAUCGUCACCCACUGGUGUCCUUAAAACUUCCCAAACGGAUCUUCGGGAGGUCGACCGACGCGGUUUGUUAUGGUUACUGGAAGAAGAAAGCUUAUAUCCAAAUAGCACAGACGAAACUUUUCUCGAAAGACUGUUUAUGCAUCACGGUGAAAAAGAUCACCAAUUACUCCUUCGCAAAUCUGGACCGGGACAUUUUGUUAUUCAUCAUCUUCAGGGAACAAAUCCUGUGACGUAUAACGUAAACGGUUUCGUAAAAGCAGCAAAAGAGAAUCCUCUAACGCGAUCUGCAAAUGGUUUUCUUCAAGAAUCAACCAAGGAAGACAUCAGUGAAGUUUUUGUAAAAGGAAAAAAUGGACUCCUAAGCAGUGGUGUUGAGGGUUCUCAAUCGUUGAGAAGAAUGUCGAGCAUCAGGCGAACUUGUUCGGUGGCCGUUAAAAGAAAAUCCAUCAGUCUUCAAGUCAAAUUCACAGCCGAUGGUCUUAUAGAAACUUUACGAAGAACUCGGCCUAGGUUCGUAUUCUGCUUGCUGCCUCAACAUAAUGCUGGCAACACAGAAAUUAUUCCGGGUUCGGCAUCGACAGGAGAAAAUAUUUUAAACGUUCCCCUUCUUCGAUCGCAGAUCAGGGGAUGCGAAAUACUUCCCGUCGUUAGAAUAUUUAAAUUAGGAUUUCCAGAAUAUUUUCCACACGGAGAAUUCAAAAGACGAUUUCGUCUCCUUGCACCCGGAUGCGGAGGAUCUUCCGGACACGCCGUCGAAGAAAUGCUCAUGCUUAUGGACGUCGAUGUAACGAGUUAUCGGAUAGGCGUCACUCAGGUAUUUUUUCGAGCGGGUGUUUUGGCACAAUUGGAAUCGCAAAGAGAUGAAAAACUCGCGGAUUUAAUAAUAAGAUUUCAAUCGCGAUGCCGUGGUUACAUAGCGAGAAAAAAAUUAGCAAAAUUAAAGAUUCAAGAUUUAGCCGUUAGAUGCAUUCAGAGAAACGUUAGAAAACUCAUGCAAGUGAGAGAAUGGCCCUGGUGGAGACUUUACGUCAAGGUCACGCCGAUAUUAAACGUUCACAGAACGGAAGAAGAGCUAACGGCCAAAGUUCAAGAACUCGAAACGGUCAAAAGUCUUUUGGAAAAAGUCGAAUCGGAAAGAAAUCAACUCAAAUUGGAAAAUGACAAGUUGGAAACAAAGUUAAGCGAAAUGACGAUGGAUUUAUCAGAAGAACGCACAGCUGGAGCCUUGCAAGCAGAAAGAUUGGAAGCGGAAACGGCGGAAAGGGUUCGACUGGAACAAGAAUUGUCUCAGAUACAAAACGAAAAGAAAAAUCUACAGCAAGCGUCGGAAAGACUGGAAAUGGAACUUUUUUACGCUCGAGCGGAUGUUAACGGUUUGUCCGAAAGCGAGGGAGAUUUGGAAGAUGGCGGCGGCGAUGCUGCACUCUAUAAAAAUAAAUGCGAAAGAACAAUGAGAGAAUUAGAAUUUACGAGGAGGAGACUCCAGCAACAGCACGAAGAUGAUUUGGAACAAUUGGUGGGGCUGAAAAAACAAUUGGAGAAAAAGUUGGCGGAUGCUUACGAAGAAGUCGAAGAACAGCGACAGGUUGCCGGUCAGUGGAAGAGAAAAGUACAAAAACUUCAAUCGGAAAUGAACGAUUUGAGGUUGUUGUUGGAAGAGCAAAGUUCGAGGAACAAUCUAUUGGAAAAAAAACAAAGAAAGUUCGAUUCUGAAAUUCAAUUGUUACAAGAAGAAUUAAGGUCGGAGAAAAAUCAAAAAGAAAGGUUAUCGAGGGAAAAAGAAAUGGCGUACGCGGAAAAAUAUUCGAUGGAACAAAAUCUUAGCUCGUUUCGAUUGGAACUGGAGCUCAAAGAUGAAAAACUGCUUUCCCUGACGCAAGAACUGGAAGAAUUUUCCCGGGGCGGCGGUAGCGAACAAGAAAUAACACAACUUCGUAAAGCCAAACACGAUUUGGAAAUCAAAUUGAAAGAACAGGAGGAAGAAUUGGACGAAUUGGCGGGUCAGGUAUCCAUGCUCGAAGGUAACAAACUCCGACUGGAAAUGUCUCUGGAAUCCCUGCGAAAGGAACACAGGCGGGAAAUAGCUCAGAGAGAUGACGAACUCGACGAAUCCCGAUCGAACACUCAAAAAAAAAUCAAAGUUUUAGAAGCUCAAUUGGAGAGCGAACACGAGGAAAGAACGCUUCUCGUACGUGAAAAACACGAGCUCGAAAGGAGGUUGGCUGAUGCCGAGGAGAGAGGAAGACACAACAAAGCCGCAGACGAAGAUGCUUUGCUGAGAGCGAGAAGAGAUUUGAAAAAGACAAAAGCGCUCCUGAGGGAUGCGCAAAUAAUGUUGGAGAGAGCGAAACAGGAUUCGCCGAGCAAGGCCGCACUUCGCGCGUUGAAAAAUCAGUUGGAAGAUGUUGAAUUAGCUCGAGCAUCCGCGGUCAAAGCCAAACAAUCUCUGGAUUCGGAAUUAAACGAAGUUAACGGUUUGCUAGAGGAAGCCAUCAGAGCCAAGGGUGAUGCUGAAAAUCGUUGUCAAGCCGCAUUACGUGAAACGAACGCACUAAGAAUGCAAGUCGAAGAAAACGAAGAAGAAUUAGCAGAACUGUUGAAGAAAUAUCGUCAAAUCGUUCAGCAACUUUCCGCGGAACAAUUGGCUAAUCAAGAAACGGCGGGAGCAUUGGCGGAAGCGGAAGUCGAAAGAGCAUCACUAAAAGAACAAUUAGCCGAACUUAGUGCGAGAUUAGAAGCGAACGCCGUAUUAGAUCCGUUAAGCGGAUUAGCACAAAAGAAACUCGAGAUUAGAAUAAAAGAAUUAGAAAGUAGAUUAGAUUUGGAGCAGACGACGAGAGGUCGUUUGGAGGUUCAAAUCACAAGACUUAAAGAAAACGUAGAAAGGUUAAAUGAGGACUGCAUACAAGCUAGAACCAAAGAACAAGGAGCGACGGAUACCGCGAGAAAACUACAGAGAACCCUGAGGGAAACGAAAGAAGAAUUGGCUAAACAUCAGGCGAAAGAACAGGAAGCUUUGCACAAGAGGAAGGAGUUGGAAAAGCGGUUGGAAACUGCUGAACAAGAAGCAUUCACCGCAAGAACUGAUUUGAGACUCGCUGUUAAAAGAAUCGAAGAUUUACAAUCUGCCAUAUCCGGUGAAAUCGGAAGCGAUUCGGAAAGAAGCGAAAGUGACGAAGAUGAUAGCGGAGACGAUUCUCUUAUUUCUCACGUUGCCAGCACUAAAUGA